GUUCUGUCACUCUGUGCUGCAGCCUGACAGGUUCACACUGUCCUGGAGAACCAGCUGCUGAUGAAGAUGAAGCUGCUCCUCUUCCUCUGCUGUGUCCUCAGAGUCUCUGCUGAUGCUCAGCAUUCACACUUCCGUGCCCAUGGCUGUUCAGACUCUGAAGGAGAGGACAUAUUCACACAGGGCGGUGAUUGUCUUUGGUACGCAGACUUUGAUAAAGGAGAAGGAGUCGUCACUCUGCCCUACUUCAUCGAUUCCAUCAGUUUCGAUGGAGUAUAUGAUCAAGCUGUGUACCAUCUACACCUCUGCCGGUUGAACAUGAACGUCAUUCGUAAAGCACUGAAGGACAUUCCUCUGGAGCAAGACCCCCCCUCCACCUUCAUCAUCUACCCCCGAGACGACGUGGACCUGGACCAGAAGAACACUCUGCUGUGCCACGUGUCUGGGUUCUACCCGGCCCCGGUCUCCGUCUCCUGGACCAAGAACGGACGGAACGUGAGCGAAGGGACGGCCGUCAACCGGCCGUUCCCCAACGAGGACGGAACCUUCAGACAGACGGCCCGGCUGGACUUCGUCCCCAAAGACGGAGACUUCUACAGCUGCUCUGUGCACCACCCGGCCCUGAAGACCCCCAUGACCCGGAUCUGGGAUAUUGACCUCUCGACCUGGCAGACCCAGCCAGGUGUUGGACCCUCAGUCUUCUGUGGACUUGGUCUCCUUGUGGGUCUGGUGGGCGUGGCCGUCGGAACCUUCUUCCUCAUUAAAGGAAACAAGUGCAGAUGAUUGGCUGCUGCUGCUGCUGAUGUCAUCACUGUCUCCAUGGAAACGACCCAAAGCUUUGAUCUGUUUAUAUCACUGAUCUGAUCGUCUCUAAAGUCUGAUCAUCACAUACAGAUACAGAUACUACAGUUUAUAAAGUUGAAUUGAAUCUUUUUCUCUGUGAUAACAGUUUAUAAAUAAAGUUGGACUGAAUCUCUCACUGUAAUAACUGUAAUAACAUUGGAUAAAGUUU